GCCGCCGGCCGGGCCCCGGCGGACGCGAGCAUGGCCCUCCCUCGGCCUCCGCCGGCCCUUCUCAUUAGUGCCGUCAUCGCCGUCAUCGCCGCCGCCGCCACCGCCGGUGACGCGACGUCAUCAGAUGUUCAACUUCUUCAAGCCAUUCAGAGUGAAGAUGGAGCAAUCGACAGACUUAUUCGUGAUGUGCUCAAACUUCAGGAGGCAAAGGAGCUUUCAGAGUUGAGCCGGCUACGGGCGCCGCUUCUGGCCCCGAGCCCGGUGACCCGGGGUCGCGGACCGGACUUGGAGCGGACGGACCACCCGGUACGCCAGUUCGCUGACUACCCCAGUGACCCGGAAUACAGCCAGCCUCGUCAGCACACCGCCGCAGCCACGGAUAAACGGCGAGGGGAGCAGCCGACGGUCGGUGGACAACACAAAUCUACAGGACAGCUGGAGAUUGCAAGUCCCAUCCCCAGUUCAAGCGAUUUCUAUAGCAGCCUUGGAAAGCCAAAUCCCGAUUCGGUAUCAGAUACAUUGGCCACUGGUGACGUCAAAGACAAGCGACCAAUGGCAGAGGCCCAUUUGGCGGGGCGACCAGCAGCACUACGAGGAUCUCACUCCGAGCCAGAUAAAAACGCCGACGUUUACUUUAUCGUUGCUGUUGUCGGCAUCUGCACGGGCACUGUCUGUGUCUCGGUCCUAGGCGGCAUCUGCUACCGUUAUCUGCAGCGGCGCCGUCGGCACAGCUCGACCGAGUCCGGACCGCCGUCCUACGGAGUGACCGGCCCACACUCGGGGCUCAGUCCGGCCUCGGCCGACAGGCGUCUGGCCCAGUCGGCGCAGCUCUACCACUACCAGCACCAGAAACAGCACAUGAUGGCCAUCCAGGAGGGGAAGGCGCUGGGACGCUGCAGCUCGCCCUCUGACGAGAAUUCGGACCCGGAGGAUGACGAGAGCGAGCACACCGUGUACGAGUGUCCGGGACUGGCGCCGAGUGGUGAAAUGGAGGUGAAAAAUCCGCUGUUCAGCGAAGACCCAACCCCAUGUCAGAGCAUGGAAGUCAACGAGGACCUGUGAAUAAUCCAGGCACUGGAUUCCACGGCAUCCAUGGUGGCCGCUGGUGAAACUACCAGUUUGAGUCACCGCUGCCAGGUGUCGCUAGUCGAGCUUUCGCUUUAGCCUAUGUGUCAAACUGUACGAUCCCAGCCGCUAAGAGGGCAUUGAUUGAGGAGUAGUUAUGUCCACCUAUCCGUGCUUCUAUCCUCAGGAUACUGAAAUCCUUCUCCUCCACGCCGCAACCCCCCUCCGGGCUGGACAGGCAACUUUAUCUCAUGCGGGCUGCUCCCUUGGAGCGGCACCGUUGCUCCUGAGGGAGCGCACCCCGUAGCCGGGUGCAGUGAGUGCCUUGGGGCUGGGUGGCCUGUCCUCUGGACGGGCUCAGCCCCGGCGACUCACUAGGGUGCCUGCCCAGACCAAUGUCUCCCCCUAAUUCCUAUCAUCCUUCCGGCUCUGCAAUGGUCUUGUCGACCGAAAGGGCCUAACCCAACAAAACAAAAGAGUAGUUAUGUAAGAGUGAAAACGUUUGUAGUUUUUCAUUGAUCAUGAUCUUAUUCUUACGUUGGCAAAGCUAUCGAGGUAAGACAAUGACCGGCGGUCGUUCCAGUUCCAGUCCAGAAAGGCCCGUCUGGAGUGCAGUUUGGAAAUACGCCCUUCCGGGCUUCGCCAACUGUUUGUUCUUCCAUCAGUGACUUGUGGAGGAUAGGUUAGGUUUUGGUCACCCGUUAGAUCAGUUAUCCUCACCCGUGGUGUUUCUCCCCCUUUCAGACCCUACUGAGUACUGGGGCCGCCAAUGAAUGUGACACAAUCUUCACGCACAGCGCUAACAGAUAGACCGAUCGCCGAGCUGGGUCUGCAUUGUAGUUAGCCAUAGCUCUGCUAGGUGCCUCUGAAUAUCCUUCUGUAUGGUGCAUAAUUGCAUAUCCCGUAAGCCAGGGACAGUAUAGUUUCGGAACCUCAGUCCCUUCAUAUGUUCCGUCACCUGCGCCGUAUAACUGGUAUAUACAUACUAUGCGCCGCUCGGAACUACCUAAAAUCAAUGUGAAAUGUGCUAUUUAGAAAUGUGUGUAGUGCCCACUGCCCGGGGUAGGUAGGUAUAGGAGGCUCAGAGCUCAGCAGUGUACCUACAGGUAGGUAGGUAUCGUAUAUUACCUACUAUUCAAGCAUAAUUGUUAUAAAAUGAUAACUUAUUUUGAAGGACGUUUAAUGUGGCUGGAUUAUGCUACGGUGUAAAAAUGUAAUAAAAUGUUUGUGUUUAA